AUGGUGGUCCAAAAGGCCGAUCAACGGCACCGGUACGGCGUCGUGCUUGACGCUGGAUCGUCCGGCACAAGAGUCUACAUCUACCGCUGGCUUCCGAACUCUGUUGCCCGCCUAGACGAGUCCGUUUUUCAUGCUCUGCCCGCGUUGGAGACAGAGGACAAAUGGACCAAGAAAGUGCAUCCGGGAGUGUCAACCUUCGGCGACAUUCCUGAGUCAGUUGGCCCGAAACACCUCCAGCCUCUUCUCGAACACGCGCUCAAAUUUAUCCCCAAGGAUGCCGUGCCUGACACCCCGAUCUUCUUGCUUGCCACGGCAGGCAUGCGGCUGCUCCCCGAGCAACAGCAACACGACGUCCUGCGCAACAUCUGCUCAUACAUACAAUCUGAGACGAACUUUUCUUUGCCAGACUGUGACGUUCAUGUCCAAGUAAUACCGGGCGAAACCGAAGGGUUAUAUGGGUGGAUUGCUGCGAAUUAUCUGCUGGGAGCGUUCAAUGCCCCCGACGACCAUAGCCACGGGAAAGGACACCAUACAUAUGGCUUUCUUGACAUGGGGGGUGCUUCGGCGCAGAUCGCAUUUGCGCCAAAUGCGACAGAAGCAGAGAAGCAUGCGAAUGACCUGACCUUGUUGAGACUGCGGACGGUUGACGGUGUCCCUCAAGAGUACAAGGUUUUUGUCACGACAUGGCUUGGCUUCGGGGCGAACGAAGCCCGGCGUCGAUAUGUGGAAGAUCUAGAAGAGUCCUAUGGAACCGAUGGGGUGUUGGAGAUGCCAGACCCGUGCCUGCCAAAGGGUCUGAAGGCGAAGCAGGACGGAACGAUAAUCUCGUCGACAACAUCGGCCACAGCUUCGAGCCACUACCUGCUCGGCACGGGCAACUUCGAAGAGUGUCUUCGAAAGACCUUUCCAUUACUCGAAAAGGACGUACCGUGUCCAGAUGAACCGUGUUUAGUCCAUGGCGUUCAUGUGCCAGCCCUGGAUUUUGACGUCAACCACUUCAUCGGAAUCAGCGAGUACUGGCACACGACGCACGAAAUCUUCGAAAUGGCACACAAGGACAAGGCUUAUGACUUCAACACAUACCAGAAUCGGGUCAAGGAGUUCUGUGAACAGGACUGGUCGGCCAUCGAGAAGGGUAUCAAAGACAAAACGUGGGGAAAGAAAGUCGAUGAGAAGACCGCGAUGGAGGUGUGUUUCAAGGCGAGCUGGCUUAUCAAUAUGUUGCACGACGGCAUUGGUAUUCCACGAGUCGGCCUAGAAGAUACCUCGUCCUCCCACAACGGGACAAAAGAACUGCUUGAAAGCGGAAAAGAGAAGGGAUUCCUCGAUUCGUUCCAGGCAGUGAACAAAAUAAAGUCAACAGAGGUCAGCUGGACCUUGGGGAAAAUGGUACUCUACGCAUCCGCAGAAGUUCCUUCGGCCCGAGAAGGAGAACUGCCCGUUGGGUUUGGCAGCAAUGUGCCUGGCAUACCGAAGGAUUUCCAGUACCCAGGCGGCGGAAGACUGCAAGAUAUCCCCGACUACCACGUGGGCCCGGACACGAAGACGGGUGCAGACGGCGCAAGCGCAGGCGCAGGAGUAGGGGCACACAGCAUCACCGACCAGAUCCACGACACACUGUUCAAAUCCGACGCGCCGCACCGGCUUCCGGGCUUCAUAUUCUUCCUGUUGAUUCUCAUCAUCGCCACCUUUUACCUUUGCGGCCGAGAUCGGCGGGCUCGCAUCUAUCACACUCUAUUCCCGACUUCUUCUUCUUCGUCUCCCAAAUCCUCUUUCCUUGGUCUGUUGUUUCGCCGCCACCGCCGCCGGCACAGCGCAGGCCGGUAUGACCGCGACCGCGAUCUCGAAGACGGAGACGCGGCUGCCCGGCUGUACGACCCGCGAGACUUUGAGCUAGAAAACGUGGCGUCCUCGUCGGCGUCGGCGUCCGACGAUGACGACCUUGGUCUCGACCCUGACGCGGCCUUUCGAAAAUCCUCCCAAGCCCGCACUUCGCCCAAAACCAAAUACGACCUGGGCCGACUGCCUUCGGACGUGAUGGACAGGAAAGGCCUGGUGGUCAGGACCGAAAGUCGUGAGCGGCUCGGUCUCGGCCUUGAAUCUGUUGCGAAUGGGCGUUCCAAGAGCAGAAGCGGGAGUCCGACCAGGUUGACACCAUGA